UAGACUUUGAAACUUGUACACUUAAAAACUUCCCUUCAAACAAUUUUAUUUUAUUUCUAAUAUAUGGAAACAGAAAUGUCUUUUUUGUCUAAAAGUUCAAGUAGUAGUUCUAGUGAUGAUGAUAUUGAAUUGAGGAGAGGUCCAUGGACUAUUGAAGAAGAUAAACUCCUUGUUCAGUACAUUACUAAUCAUGGCGAAGGACGAUGGAAUAUGUUAGCCAAACAUGCUGGAUUGAAGAGGACAGGCAAGAGUUGCAGAUUAAGAUGGUUGAAUUACCUUAAACCGGACGUUAAACGAGGAAAUCUCACUCCUCAGGAACAGCUCCUGAUUCUUGAACUUCAUUCCAAAUUGGGCAACAGAUGGUCAAAAAUCGCGCAAUAUCUACCUGGAAGAACGGACAAUGAAAUCAAAAACUACUGGAGAACGAGAGUGCAGAAACAAGCUAGGAAUCUGAAGAUUGAUUCAAAUAGUGCAGCAUUUCAAGAGAUGAUUCGUUCUUUGUGGAUUCCGCGGCUUCUUCAGAAAAUACAGAGCUCCUCUGUUUCGACUUCAAUUCAGAGUUCACAGUCAUCAACCCCUCCAGGUUUCAGCACCAGCACGAGCAGUAAUUCGAGUUCACAUUCAUCGAGUAUCUAUAAUUCUCCAAACAAUAUUUCGGAAUGUCCUCAAAUUCCAACACGAGAGAUAGAUGAUUCUGACUUAGAUUCAUUCGUGAAGGCUCAUUUUCCAUUUGACAACAGUUAUGAUAUGGAUAAUUUUGGAGAAUUAACAACUGGAAACUUUGAUGAUGUGAUGGAUUAUGAUCAAUUGAGUGGAGAUCACAUCAAGAUGACUGGUGAUGUUAUAGCUGACAGCUUUUGGAGCAAUAUGGAUGAAUUUUUCUACCAAAAAACAGGAUACGAACAAUAGUAAAUAUUACUGCUAGUAGUUGAUAUGGCUUGAUUGAAGCAAGUUUCAAAAAAACAAAAUCACAAGUAGCCCCUCAACCUAUGUCUGAAAUUUCUGAGACACACUUAUACUAUACUAAGGUCCUAUUAUUUCCUGAACUUAUUUUAUAAGUAAUUUUCUAUUCCUUUUCGAUCUACGUGAUACUAUCUCGAGAAAAAAAAGUCAUCCAACGUUGGACCACAAAAUAGUGUCAUGUAGGCCCAAAAGGGUAGAAAAUUAUUAAUAAAAUAAGUUGAGGGUAUAAUAGGACCUUAAUAUAGUAUAGUUUAAGUGUGUUUCUGAAAUUUCAGACAUAGGUUGAGGGGGUACUUGUGCAUUAUCCAAAAAAGAAAACUGUUUCUAGAAAAGUAAGAGAGAGGUACUCUUUUCGUUUACUUUUAUUUGUUCAGUUUAGAAAAUAAAAUAUAAUUUUUCAAUGAUAUCCUAAUUACUAUUAUUA